AUGAACGCCCAGGGCCCGUCUUCCCUCCCGCCGACAAUCGUGCACAGCACGAAGUCGAUUAGCCAGUCUGAGGCCCACGACUUCUUGGCCGCCUACCUGAGCCGCGCAGCCAACGACCCAUCUCUGCAACCCAAUGCCAGCAUCACAGAGCACGGUCCGGUCUCGCGGACCACCGCCGCAGCUCCCAACCUGAUCCUCCACAACUUGAAGCGCGUGGAAGCCGGUCUUUCUGGCGAAGUCCUCGGCCGCGAUCUUACUGUCGCUAAGCAAAAUCCCGGCGAGGAUUACCUGGAUGUCGCCGCCGGAGUCUCGAACAACCAGAACGAUGGCGAGGAACAGGGCAAUGACCUCGGAAUGGCCGAAGAAGGCUUUGAGACGGAGGCAGGUGCAUUUGAGGCCCAGGAGUCUAUUGAUAAGAAUGAGCGCAAACGCCUAAAGAAGGAGCGACGCGUGGCCGAGAAGAAGGCCCGGACCCAGAAGGGAAAUGUCUCGGAAAGUGACUCGGAGUGA